AUGGCCGAACUUGGUCAAAGGCUGCACGGACAGGGAGACUACAAUGCUGCCCAAAGUCACCUCGAACUAGCAGCGAGUGGGCUCGAGACAACUUUGGGAUCAAUACAUGCCGAUUCAAUCGACGCUCUUUACUGGGCUGGCCGCAAUCAAUAUGAGCUAUACCACUAUCAAACUGCGGAGGCUACGUUUAGUAAAGUGCAUUCCAAGGGUUCGAACAGAUAA